AUGCGUCGCGAGUCAGCCACCCUGGCAGGUCUCUUGACCGUCGCCAAGGCGCAAUCAAUCCUAAUCGAUGGUGUCCUCUUCGCCUACCAAACAGCCACCAUCACAGAAUGCUUCCCCAUGGGCAGCGGUGGCCUUGAGCCUACCCCAGGUCUUAGCAUCGGCGGCAAUGCACCCGUCAUCCACAGACCAGCUGUAACAGGCCAACCCAUCGUUGUUGAGGUCGAAGCCCCAAGGUGUGACUCGUGCGGCUGCGACGCCUGUGCUCACACUGAGGUGUACACUUUUACCUGCGAUGCUUUUUGCGAUACUGGUCUCUGCAAGCAGGCUUAUGUCGUUACCGAGACGUACAGCGGCCUGACGGCAAAGCCUACCUUGGCUCCAACUGAUCUCCCAUUUGGCUUCACCUGCGACGUCCAGACUUGCACCACGUGUGGUCCUGAGCCGAUUACUGCCACCAUCACUUAUCCGCUGACCGAGCGGCUCUAUAUCAACAAGGUUCCGGCUCCAACGGGCGUACCUGCAGGUUCAGGGCCUGGUGGG